AUGGAUACUGUUGCCUUGGUACAACAGGAGGAAAAGGCAGACUGCCAAAACCCCAAGGAUGAGUCGUCGACAAAUAGCAAGCUCCAACCAAUUGUCCCAGUCAACGACGGUGGGCUGGUUAUCGGGAGAUCAAAGGCGCAGGUCGAAUGUGAUACGGAAACCAACCCCGAAGCCCUUGAAACAAUGAAGGAAAAGGCAGACUGCCAAAACCCCAAGGACGAGUCGUCGACAAAUAGCAAGCUCCAACCAAUUGUCCAAGUCAAGAACGGUGAGCUGGUUAUCGUGAGACCAAGGGCGCAGGUCGAAUAUGAUAUGAAAGCCAACCUCGAAACCCGUGAAAAAAUGAAGCAAAAGCUAUUCCCAUGGGCAAAGGACGCACCUAACGACUUGAACAAGGUAGCCCAGAGCUCCCUUUUCUACAGAUAUUCCCGUGAGCAUGAAAAUUGGUCCGACGAAAUGAGGAAAGAGUUUCACGUCGUCGCGCCAACUAUGGACUACUCGAUGGGGGAGGAAAACAUCAUUACCGACCACCCGAUCUGCACAGAGGCGAGCACCGGAAGCGCCACCUGGAUUCAUGCCUGGUUUUUGCAAGUGCUUUUCGGCAGAGCUGUUUGUGAAGGCCAGUCUUGGAUUGAAGACCUGAAAAAGGAAUAUCCCGCUCUUCAGGUAGCGCUGUCUUCAUCAGACCGACGGGGUGUCUUUUUCUUGAAACGUAUAAUAGAUUGUAAACGUCGAAACGAUCUUGAAUGCCACAACAAAAAGAUUCAAGGUCAGACACAAAAGAUUAUCGAGAACGUCAAAAACCAUGAUGACGAGGAGAUUCGAAGACUACUUGAGAACAAGCCGCAUAUGGAAGCAGACCUAGCAAAAGCGAUUCAAGACGUGCUCUCCAGUCAUUUUCCAGUCAAGACGGUUAGCUAUGAUGGAAAUUGA